GACACUUGAGUUAGACUUUUCUUGUCAUGUAGGUACUUGUGUGGAUAUAUGAAAUGUAUCUACUUAAAAUUUGGAUUUUUUAUCAUCAAUGUUAUGAAGUAGCAUCCUUUUUAUGCAAUUGAAUAAUAAAUAAAUACUAAAUUCCCGAUUUCAUGGAUUAAAACCGAAAUUCAUUGAAAAGUGACCUCGACGCUUCAAACUGAGGGACUGUGGUGCGAAUACAUUUUAGGUAUGUCGGUUUGGUCGGCCAGUACUGGUGGCAAUAAUUACCACUGCGUAUUGCCAGGCGGCCGAUACCCCUCUAGUAACUGGUGUCCAAAAUUGAGCAAGGACAACAGCAUCAUUGGAUCAAUGAGUGUAUAGCAAAGCCUUUUCACUUGGUUUUGUGGCCACUGAGGCAGAAGAUAUAGCAUCUGUCCUUUUCUAACAACACACAAGUGUGUGAUGUCGGGCGAAACUCCGAUCCAGUCGGCCGAUGGGCUGCACACGCCAGCAUACCUGUCCUGGAGGAAGCUGCAGCUGAGCCGGGCCAAACUCAAAGCGUCCAGCAAAACAUCCGCCCUGCUCUCUGGUUUCGCCAUGGUAGCCAUGGUAGAAGUUCAACUUAACCCUCCAGAUUCGACAGCCGUGCCCAACGAAAUGCUGGUCGCGUUCACUGUUUGCACGACAUUGCUCGUGGCAGUCCACAUGUUAGCUCUAAUGAUAAGCACCUGCAUAUUACCCAAUAUAGAAGCCGUCGGCAACCUACACAGCAUAUCGCUCGUUCACGAGUCGCCUCACGAAAGGCUACACUGGUACAUAGAAAUAGCGUGGGCCUUUUCUACCCUGUUAGGUUUAAUAUUGUUCCUGAUAGAGAUAGCUAUAUUGUGCUGGGUAAAGUUCUACGAUUUGAGCCCAACUGCCGCGUGGUCCGCCUGCGUCGUUCUCAUACCCGUUAUGAUAGUGUUCCUAGCGUUCGCCAUACAUUUCUACAUGUCACUGGCCACUCAUAAGUACGAAGUCACCGUGACCGGAAUCAAAGAACUAGAAUUACUCAAAGAACAGAUAGAGAUGGGCGACGCGGACGCGCGAAUGAAUAAUUUAACGUUACUAGAUCAGAGUCGCAUCGUGUGAGCGAAUCAAUCUGGUACGCGGGAAUGUUUUUAAAUUAAUAUUUGAAUACCUAUCGUAAUGUACUUAGAUGUGGUAAGUUUGUACUUAUAAAGUGCCAAUGGGUUGCACGAUGCGUCAAGAUAGUGAACACUAAGGGCUACGGAAUAAAUAGAUCUGGGCUAUGUUUACAUUAACAUUUCAUAAUACAAGACAGGUGUUGAAAUAUUGUAAUAAUAAGACCCUAUAAUAUUUAGUGUGUGAAUUGUUAAAGAUACAUCAGUUCCAAUGUUAUGUGAUUUUUUUGCCCCAAUUUGAAGCUCAUUCAUAAUAAUCUCAGUAAAAUCUGUGACGAAUGAAAGAAUGAAUAUUGAAUCUCUGAUAAUCGGGUCAUAGAUUCUAAAAUUUAUAUUUUUGUUUUAUCGUAUGUUAUUUUCAGCACUUUUUUAUAAUUAAAGUUAUGAUCUAAAGCUGCCAAUGUACUUUGGGAUGAAAUGCCAAAUAGAUUUUGUGAGUGCGCGUGUUGUCAAUUAUAAAUAUUGCGAAAAUUAAUUUCCUUGGAUUUUUAUCCAUUAUUACGGAUUGGUUAUAAUUGGAACAUUAUACGUUUGUGAAUAUGGAAUGUUAAAAUUUCGUCCACAUUUUUCUGCCAGUGCCUGGUAAAGUUUAAGAUUAUUGUACUUUUAAACCCUUUCUAUGCGAGUUAUACAGACUAUUUUAUUGUAUAAAAUCAGUAUUUCUGCCAGACUUGUAAGAUCAAUUGUUUAGGCAACGUUACAGCUCUUAAUGUGGUCUGAUAUUGAUGCCCUUGCACGGAAAGGGUUAAAUGCUAAUGUACUUGUAGACUAAGAAUUAAGAUUCAACUAAAAUCGAACGAAAAUACAAUUUGUCGCAUGGACUACGGGUA